CACUGGCAGCAACAACAAUUUUUAUACCGAAGACCCGCAAAUUUUUCCUACGUGUCCAAAAAAAACCUUAUUUAAAAUAAUGGCACCUCCUAAAAAUAAAAGCCAACCUCAGAGUUCCAAUGCUUCGCAAAAGUUCAAUGAAAUUCACGCCAAGAACAUAGAUGUAGCCAAAAAGAUGGUUGAGAACUACGAAUCGUCUUCGGAAGAGGAAGAAUUGGAUGAAAAAACCAUUUUGGAUUCCCUUUACAAACAUUACGACAAACGUAAGGUGGAUGAUCAUUUGUUGGCAAAAACCAGCAGCUUUUUGGAGAAUGUCUUACAUUCCGGUGCCGCUACGUGCCUCAUAUGCAUAGGCAGCAUAAAACGUGCUGAAGCUAUAUGGUCAUGUAAACAUUGCUAUUGUUUCUUCCACUUGAAUUGUAUAAGGAGAUGGGCCAAUGACAGUUUGGCACAAAUCAAGGCUCAGUCCCAAAAUGACCAACAGGGGUAUUACAAUCAUCUGGGCGAAUAUAUACCGCCGAAAAAGAUAAAAUCUCUUCAUUGGUGUUGUCCACAAUGCCGCAAGGAGUUUCUAACUGAAGAUAGACCUUCCAAGUAUGAGUGUUUUUGUGGAAAAGAAGAGAAUCCACCAUCACAGCCGUGGCUGGUCCCUCAUUCAUGUGGUGAAAUAUGUGGAAAAUCUCUACAACCAAAUUGUGGCCACAAGUGUACAUUGCUUUGCCAUCCUGGCCCAUGUCCGCCUUGUGCUCAAUAUGCCAAUACUUCGUGCAAAUGUGGAAAAUCUGCACCAAAGUCUGUGCGGUGCAUAGAUAAACAGUGGGAGUGUGAAAGAAAGUGUGGACAACUUCUAAAAUGUGGUCAACAUGUAUGUGGUCAAAUUUGCCAUAAGCCUGGCCAAUGUCCGCCUUGUAAGAAAACCAGUGAACAGUCAUGUGAAUGUGGCCGAGAGUCAAUGAAACGGCAAUGCUGUGACUUGGAAUGGCAUUGCAAAAAUGUUUGCAAUCGAAGUUAUUCAUGUAAUUUGCAUGUUUGCAAAAAGAUAUGCCAUGCUGGAGAAUGCGGGGAAUGCCCAUUGAGUCAGCCACGAUCAUGUCCUUGUGGAAAAACUAAAAAAAUAGGACCCUGCACAGAAUCCAUUGAUACGUGUGGCGAUACUUGUCAAAAAUUACUACCCUGCCAGCUACACACCUGCACACAAAGGUGUCACAAAGGAAAUUGUAAUUUGUGUCUUGUCAUCAUUAAGAAGAAAUGUCGUUGCGGAAUGCAUGAAAAGGAACUACCAUGUUCCAAAGAAUUCACUUGUGAGACCAAAUGCAAACAAACCAAAGACUGUGAAAAGCAUCCCUGCAAUCGCAAGUGUUGCGAUAAAAACUGCCCUCCUUGUGAUAAAGUAUGCGGCAAACCACUGUCCUGUGGCAAGCACAAAUGCCAAUCUAUAUGCCAUAAGGGACCUUGUUAUCCCUGCCAGCAGCAAUCACAAAUUCAUUGCAGAUGUGGCAAAACAAAGAAAAUAGUGCCAUGUGGAAGAGAGCGCACAGCUAGGGUGGUAUGCUUGGAGCCUUGCAGAAUUCCUUCGAAAUGUCACCACUACAACAAGCAUCGUUGCCACAAAAAUGAAUGUCCUCCCUGCUCGCAGCCUUGUGGUUUGCUUAAUGAUGUAUCCAAUUGUGGCCACAUAUGCAAUGUUAAAUGUCAUGCCGCUAUAAAGACAGCAAAGAAGGCCAACAAGAACACCGCUAGUGUUUGGGAGCCCAAAAAACAGUUUGAAUUUAAAUCUAUGCCUCAUCCAAGAUGUGAACAAAAAGUCAUGGUAACUUGCAUUGGGGGCCAUGAAAUUGCCGAGUGGCCUUGUUGGAAUUCCAAACCAAGUUCCUGCCAACGUUUAUGCAAUCGCCAAUUGAAAUGCGGCAAUCACAAGUGUCACCUAGUGUGUCAUGGUGUUGCCGACUUGAAGGAUAUGAAACAACAAGAAAAUUGUGCUGCUUGUAAUCGUGGCUGUGAUAUAGCUCGUCCAGAGGGUUGUACCCAUCAUUGUCCUCGACCAUGUCAUUUACCACCUUGCAAUCCUUGUAGUGUGGCUAUAAAAACCAAAUGUCAUUGCGGCCUUAUGCCAGUCGUCUACAAAUGCAGUGAUUAUUUUUGCAACGAGGCCAGUGAAAACGACUUGGCAGAAAUACAGGAAAAUUUAAAAAGCUGUGGAAAUCGUUGCUUGAAGAAUUAUCCCUGUGGUCAUCGUUGUGCUGCCAAAUGCCAUUCUGGACCUUGCCCUUAUCCAGAUGCUUGCCGCAAAAAGCUACGCAUAUUUUGCGAUUGCAAACGUUUGAAGUUGGAGAUCUCCUGCGACAAACAUCGCUCGGGUCUAACGAAAUUGGAGUGCGAUGAAAAUUGCGUCGAAACCAAAAAAUCUCUGGAAUUGGCUCGCAAACAAGAGGAGGAACUUUUGAAAAAACAAGAAGAGGAACGCAAUCGUCUAGAGGUUGAGCAAUUCGAAAAGAAAUUUAGUAAACGUAAACCGAAGGAGCGCAAAACCGUUGAGGCAAAAGCCAAAGAACCUAUAAAUUGGAAACUUAUUGGAGUAUAUGCCGGUAUAUUAGCAACCAUAGCAUUAGCGGUUACCUUCGCAUUAUACGAAGACCAUUAGCUUUUAAACUCUAAACAAUUUUUAGACCUAUAAGACAUUAAGUAAAACUCUUGUCUGCUUAACUUAGAUAAUUCAUUUGUAAUUGGAU